AUGCUCUGCAAGUACUGUGACCGGAUCUUCCACUGCUCCACCUGGAGCGGGACCCAUCAUCCCAAUGCUGCCUCCUUGGCCGCGGCAGCCAGCAGCGGCUGCUACAUCUGCCAGCCUAUGCUGCACGAUGGAUACCAGCAUUACAACUCCCUUGACGGGAGCUGGGACUAUCGCAUCUAUGUCAAUCAGGGCUACACCCAGGUGAUCCUAGACCACCAGAGGGAUGACCCGCAGUCUCAGGAAAGCACCCCAUCCUGCUACACUCUGAUAGCCAUCCCAAGCGCCACCAUCCCAUUUAAUCCCGGCCCUCGCCUUAGGGACCCUGCCACUCGGAUGCGCGAUGCUAGCACUACGGUGGAGAACUGGAUGAAGCGCUGCCAGAAUGAGCAUGCUUGUGCUCGGAUCUUCCAACCAGAGUACUACCCAUCGCAGGUCUUGGAGAUAUUGCGUGGUGAUAACGUCCGCUUGAUCACUUCAGUCGAGACAGGGCUCAAGAGACCAUACGCGGUGCUGAGCUUCGAUUCCUCCGCGACAGAGGAAGGGGAAUGGUUCUCUAUUGUGGAAGCUUUGCGCACCACCGGCGUGGGCAUUCCUGGUCUUCCCGUAGCGAUCGGCGAAGUCAUGUCUCUCCUGCUUUCGCUUGGGAUCAACUACAUUUGGAUCGAGCAGUUGUGUCGUCAACCAGCGGACCAGCUUGACCAUAUCAACGAUGAACACGAAAAGCUUCGUCUCUACUCCAACGCUGCCCUCACCAUUGCGGUGCCCACACCCGAAGGUCCUGCGCGGAGUGUUUGGAGCCAUUCCCCGGCAACCUCGCACGUCCAUCUCCUUCCCUUCCAGGUCACCAAUGUGUCUGGAGUUAUGAGCGAGGGUUUCAUGAGCAGCAAUCUGGUUGAUGAUGAUAGUUCCCCAAGCUCGAACCUCACCAUUAUCCCCUGGACCUACCUCUCGCAAACCCUGCACCACCAGCACAACUCCUCCGUAAAAGUCCAGGCCCGCCUCGCCACUCCCCGCCUGCUGACAAUUUUCCCCUCCGCUGCAGAAGUCUUCUGGGAAUGCACCUACCUCACCCCCGCCAGUGAGACUCUCCCCGGUGGUAUUCUCCCUUAUCUCCCGUCUUCCCUUUUGACGGGAGCGGACCGCUUCCCCCAUCGCGACACCGCUAUCCCCGCUGAUGCGGACUGGAAUGCCCUGCUACACUUCUGGUAUAGGAUCGUGAACGAGCACACUGCUACCCUUGCAAUUGCGGGAGAGAUGAUCAACUCGGAGAAGAGGUUGGCGGGAUUGGAAUGGCUGGCGGGUGAAGUGGGGAAGCGAAUGAAAGCUAUAUGUGUUUCUGCAAUGGACGACGAGGAGGAUAUUGCAAAACGACAGGAAGCAGCAGUGUAUCUGGCGGGACAUUUCUGGGGGUCGAUGCCUUUGUCGCUCGGCUGGAGGGUUGGUAGUGCAGGUGUUAGUGAAAGUGCUUGUGGAAAGAAAGACGGUCGCAUGCCCAGUUGGAGUUGGGCGUCUGUUCAAGGAAGAAGCGUGUUUUCCCCGCAGGAAUUGGGUGCAAGGGAUGACCAGCGGUGUCUGGCUGAAAAGGUGGAAUAUCAUCGAGACUCACCAGAGGGAGAGACCAUCAGGCUCAGUUUGAAGGCCUUUGUGCUUGGCGCGCAGUUGGUCGGUGGUGGAGGGCACAGGGUAAGGGUGACGGGGUUGGAUGGUGAGAGGUAUUGGGUUGAGGUGGAGUGGGAUGAAGAGGAUGAAAAAGAACCAUCAGCUUUGCGGUUGGCAGUGCUGGGAGAGGAUGAGUGGCUGAGACAGUGGAGUGGACUCGUGUUGAGGGGGGUUCCUGGUGAUACUAAGAGUUUUCGGAGGGUCGGAUACUUCACUCUGAAUACGGUGCAGGGAGUUGAAGAUUGCAGCGAGAAGUGGAAGACUGAUAUUCGGAGAGCAGCGGGCGAUCACAAGGAAGUUGUGACUCUGGCCUGA